CUACCAAGCCCUCACUCCGCCACCUCGCUUCCGAGCUCUCCUCUUCUCAACGGUCUUCCUCCGGCCAUGGCGGCAGCUUCGGUCCAUCCCUCAACGCUGAUGACGGGGACUUCCUUCCGUCGAUCCCAAUCGCCUCGCGAGGUGGGCUUCAGCUUCGGGCUCUCGGGGACCGUCGAUCUCUCCCGGGCGGCGCUCGCGUCGGGGCCACCGUCGCGGGGUCUGGAGAUCCGCGCCGGCGCCAGCGGCCUCGAGAGGCCCAACAGCGAGGCCUCCUCCGUUCCCGUUCCCGACCCGCCGCCACCGAGGCCCAGGAACUCGGUGAGGCGCCAUACAAUUUCAGUGUUUGUUGGAGAUGAAAGUGGAAUGAUCAACAGAAUUGCUGGAGUCUUUGCUAGAAGGGGAUAUAACAUUGAGUCACUUGCAGUUGGCUUGAAUAGGGACAGGGCAUUGUUCACCAUUGUUGUUUCAGGGACUGACAGAGUACUGCGACAAGUUGUAGAGCAGCUACAUAAACUUGUGAACGUUUUGAAGG